AUGUCUGGACGAGGAAAGGGCGGAAAGGGUCUUGGCAAGGGCGGUGCCAAACGUCAUCGAAAAAUUCUUCGUGACAACAUUCAAGGAAUCACCAAGCCCGCUAUCCGUCGUCUAGCACGUCGUGGAGGUGUCAAACGUAUCUCUGGUCUGAUCUACGAAGAAACCCGUGGUGUGCUCAAAGUCUUUUUAGAAAACGUCAUCCGUGACGCCGUCACCUACACUGAACACGCUAAACGUAAAACCGUCACAUCUUUGGACGUUGUCUAUGCUCUCAAGCGACAAGGCCGUACUCUCUACGGUUUCGGUGGUUAA